UUUGAAAUCCCACUGCUUUUGGAGGUUUCUGCUAAAUUCAACAGACAAACAGCACCAGACACUGAUUUGUUAAAGGGUUUGUUAAAGAGGAGAGGCACAUUUCUUGACCAUGAUGAAUAAUGUUUCAACGAUUUCAGUGUUUUUUCUUUCAGGUUUAAAUGAGACAAGGAACUACAGGUCACUUCUUUUCUUUCUCACUUUGAUGUGUUACAUUGUAAUAGUCCUGGCAAAUGUCUGUGUUAUUUUGACAAUAAUCCUGAAUAAUGAACUCCAUGAACCAAUGUAUAUUCUGCUGUGUGUUUUUUGCCUGAAUUCCCUUUAUGGAACAGUCGGUUUCUAUCCCAAAUUUCUGUGGGAUCUGCUCUCUCCUGUUCAUGUCAUCUCUUACUCAGGCUGCCUUCUUCAGGCGCAGGUGUUGUACUCCUUUGCCUGCAGUGAUCUGUCCAUCCUGGCCCUCAUGGCAUACGAUCGGUAUCUGGCUAUAUGUCAACCACUGAAGUACCACUCUCUCAUGUCAAAGCAGAGAGUCAUCACUUUAGUGUGUCUUGCCUGGUUAAUGCCUUUCUGCGUCAUAGCUGUAAACAUCAUUCUUGCAUCUAGGUUGAAGCUCUGCAGCCCGUAUUUAAACAGACUUAUCUGUUUAAACUGGAGCAUUGUUAUGCUUGCUUGUUUUCCAGCUGAAACUACUGCCAACAGCAUUGUUGGAAAUUUAACAAUUAUAAUAUAUGGUCUUCAUGGUGUCAUAAUUGGCUGGUCCUACCUGUUUCUCAUCAAGACAUGUGUUGGUUCUAUAGAAAAUCGGAAAAAGUUCAUGCAAACCUGUGUGCCACAUUUGAUAUCCUUGUUCACUUUUUUAGCAACUAUACUUUUUGAUGUCAUAUAUAUUCGAUUUGAUUCCAAGAAUUUACCGCAGACCCUUAAACACUUUGUGUCAAUAGAGUUUCUUAUCAUACCUCCUAUAAUGAAUCCGCUCAUUUAUGGUUUCAAGUUGACCAAAAUAAGAAAUAAAAUUGUAGCAAGUAUGAAAAUGAAAUGACCCUCCUGUAGUCUUAGACUUUUGUUAA